CAGUUUCCUUGUCUUCUGAUAACUUGACCACGCAACCUUCCACGGAGAUACUGCAGGAUGAACAACUACCGCCUUCACCACUCUGUCCUUCCUGUAGACAGAAAUCUGAUAGAUUAUUAGAGGAUGGAUAUCAUCAGAUGGAAGGGCUUUCUGAGAAGCAGCAAGAGCUUCAAAAUUUGUGCACAGAGCAAGCAGCCAAAAUUGAGCAGCUAACGCGCCUGGUUGAGCAACAGAAACAUCAAACUGUGAAUGAAACAGAACAGUUUUCUUCAGCAAACGAAAAUCAGCUUCUCAGCUGUAACGAUGUUGUUGAGCUUGACCAAGCAAAACAAAUCCCAAAUGAAGACUCCAAAAAGACAAACAUUGAUACUGGCGAGAAGGAGGCAUUACUUAAAGAAAUUGAAGAUCUGAAAAGCAAAUUGCAGAAACCUGUAACCAUGUCCACCAACGAACUGAGAUCAUCUUUGUUGGCCCGUUCGUUUCAACUACGCAACAAGAACGCUGAAAAAGAUAUCGAGGAAGAACGACUCAAGUGCACAGAAAUGGAGAGCGAGUGGAUAUCACUGACCGACGAACUCAGAGUCGAGAUUGAAACACAACGUUCACGCGCAGAGAAAGCUGAAACACAGCUUAAACAAGAGAAACUAUCUACUGAGGAGUUAGAGGAUGCACUUCAAAGAGCUGUUCUUGGUCAUGCCAGGUUUGUUGAGCACUACACAGAGUUACAAGAGAAGUACAACGACCUAGGCUCAAGGUAUAAAGCAACGGGGGAAUGGAUAACAGAGUUGAAGAAGGCAGUGGCAAAGGCUGGAAAGAAAGGUUGUGGUUCCCGUUUCGCUAAAUCACUUGCUACUGAGCUCUCUGCACUCCGAGUAGAAAAAGAAAGGGAAAGAGAUUUGUUGAAGAAGGAGAACGUAAGCCUCAAGAUUCAACUAAGGGACACUGCUGAAGCUGUUCAUACUGCUGGAGAAGUUCUUGUUAGACUCAGAGAAGCCGAACAAUCAGCAUCAGUUGCUGAGGAAAAUUUUAAUGAAGUGGAAGAAGAAAACGAGAAGCUAAAGAAGAAAAUGGAAAAGCUGAAGAGGAGACACAAGUUAGAAAUGGCAACAAUCAAACAGAAUCUAAAGAAUAAUACAUUGCCAGAAUCUGCAUUACGGCCACUGCACCAGAGGAACUUGGAGAUUGAAGAAGAAGGUAUGUAGAAGAAACAUACCAACGUGCAUAGCUUGAAGACCUUUCUCGGAUCUGAUUGGUAUACACACAUUAGCUUCCUGUUUAUUUUUUUUUACUUGCUGUUAAUAAUAAGAAUAGCGAAUGUCUUGUUCCACGAGGCAUUUUUGAUUAUUAGUAUUUUGGUUUCCCAUUGGAGUUUAUUAUUUGCUGCUUUAGAUUUGAAUAUUGUGUUUCUGGCGUGCGAAACUGGUCUUCUUUGUAUAACUUUAAAUUGGUUAUUUAUUUUAUUUAUUUUCUCCA